AUGGUUUUCGGUCCCUUUGUUGCUGUGGGCGGAUACCAGACGCCCACAAGAGUCCAAAAUCAACCCAAACAGGGUGGGCGAUGGGGGCCUCAGCAGGAGGGCCAGAAACAAAAACAGAGUUCCGGCUGGCGACCAGGGGGUCGUCCCCAGCAGGCACAGAGUUCCGGCAGGCGACCAGGGGGUUGUCCCCAGCAGGCACAGAGUUCCGGCAGGCGACCAGGGGGUCGUCCCCAGCAGGCACAGAGUUCCGGCGGGCGAACACACCUGCACCACAGAGUUCCGGGCGGUCGGCAGCGAAGCCGUGGCGGCCUGCGACGGGAACCUGCAGGGACAAAUAAAGGCCCAUCCAGACCACACAAAACUUUGAGGAAUCAGCCAAGUGACACAGAUGCUGAUGCAAAUAAGGCUAAUUAUGUAGCUCUGAAUUUCCCCACAAAGAAGACAAAAGGGAUGAAGAAGAAAACAGAAUCACCACCAGACUGUGUGUACUCAGCUGUGAGGGCAGGUCAUCCCACACUGCAUGAAAUGUCUUAGAGCGGGACCUGCUUGUGUAGAGCUUGCAUCACUGACAACAAAUUGACUCGGUGCAUUUGUAGAUGUUGCAGUUAUGCAGAUUUUACUAUUAAACGAGUUUUAAGCCACGGUUUCUGCUAAUAUUUCUUAUAGGAUUGGAUGGUUUUAUG